UUUAAUGUAAAGCACAUCGCGUGUUUUCUAAGAUCGGUGUGAAGAAAAUGCAAUUCAUCUUAUAAAAUGUUUAAAAUAAUUAAUCUCAAAUUAUACAAGUUAUACACAUAUGUAUAAAAAAGAAUACAAGUAAUGAAUUUAUGAAAAAAUUAGAAUUCUAGAUAUAUAAUUUCAAUUGAGAUUGACCUUUUUGUUUUUUAAUAACAUAUUUUGAAUUACUGUUUAGCAGACUAUUCAUUAUGACGCAUCAGAUAGUAUUUAAGAUAUGAUCUUUGAAGUAUAACGAUAAAAGCAAUCGCGAUAAAAUUUGUAAAUGUAAUGGUGACACGUGUCUAAACAGGUCAAUGGCUUGAGUUUAAAAAAAAAAAAGAAUAGGUAUCAUGUUACUAUCGUUAAAUUCUUGAUCACAAAAUGGAAAGACGAUGAAUCUCGUGUAUGACACUUCCGUGAAAUCAGAUAUGUGUAGUAUUAUUGAUUACAAAGAUAAUAUUGUAGACAUUGAUUUCUAUUAAAAAAUUUAAAUUUAAAUAUAAAAUUUGUAAAAGUAUAUUUUUAUUCGAAAGUAAUUGCAAUUCUUUAGUUGAAAGUUUAUCGCAAUUAGAAAGGUUGAGAAUACGCUUGAUGUUACGACGUAUAAUGAACACAAGGUUUAAAAAUGUUAACUAUUUUGGAGCAACGGUACAGGCACCGUUUUCUCAUGUUACUGCACUGACAGUGGUGACGAAGUCGGAUCACGAGUGUAUGGAAAUGGACCAUUCGCUCUAUGACAGCCAGUGUAGCAUGGCUAUGGUAUCGGCAUGCGCCUAACCACGUAGCAACCUACGAACCGAAGAACUCGGGACCAUCUCUUUCACUUCUUAAAAUGGUAGAAAUGGACAGAGAUCAUAGGGAACAACACGAUCACGAUAAUAUAAAUGAAAACGAGGAAGAACAAAAAGUAGGAAUGGAUUUUCGUAAUUUAUCUCGUCAUCAUGGUGUGGAUCAUGUGGCUGACGUUGAAAUAGAGCGGGAUAUGGAAAUUGAUCAAAAUGAUCGCAUUGAAAAUUUACAAGAUGAUAAACUAGAUCAAAAUAUAGGAAGAAAUUUUCAUAAUUUAACUCAUCAUCCCGCUAUGAGAGACAUGGAAAGAGAUCAAAAUAAUCAUAUUGAUAAUAUACAUGAUGAUAAAAUUGAUCAUAAGAUGGGGCGAGAUUUUCGUAAUUUGAGUUCUCAUACUGGUAUAGUUCAUUUACACUCAGGAAUUGAGCAUUUAAAUAAUGUUGAUGUAGAGGUAAAAUUAGCGAGAGAUGUUCGUGGUUCUUUAGGUUUGGGUCUAUCAUUAGAAUUAUGUGUAGUUUGUGGAGAUAGAGCUAGUGGAAGACAUUAUGGAGCAAUAAGUUGUGAAGGUUGUAAGGGAUUUUUUAAACGUAGUAUUCGAAAACAGUUAGGUUAUCAAUGCAGAGGAAGCAAAAGUUGUGAAGUUACCAAACACCAUAGAAAUCGAUGUCAGUAUUGUAGACUUCAAAAAUGUCUUGCUAUGGGUAUGAGAAGUGAUUCUGUUCAACAUGAGAGAAAACCAGUGUUAGGUGAAUCAGCAGGAGCGAAAGUAGGAAAUAGAAGUCCUAGAGUUAAACCAGAACCACAACAAUCAAUAUCUGAAGCACCUCCAACUUGGGAACAACCUGAAAGUCCUAGUAUGGAAGAUCAAAGCAGUGAUAGUGAUCUCAGUGAUGCAUUAACAUUAGCAAGAGAACGUUUACUUAUUUCGCAUGCAUUGGAUAGCAUGGCUAAACUUAUUGGAGAAAGCGUUAAUGGUUCAAGUGAACCAGAAGAAGAAUGGACUGGACAAUUAAUUUCUGAACGACAUACAUUAUUCGAAUUAAGAGCUCCUAGUCCAGCUCCUGCAUAUUUAUCAAUACAUUAUAUUUGCGAAAGUGCCGCUAGAUUACUUUUUUUGUCAGUUCAUUGGGCACGAGGAAUUCCGGCAUUUCAAGCAUUACCAUCUGAAGUUCAAACAACAUUAGUGCGCAGUUCCUGGGGACAGCUUUUUACAUUAGGCCUUGCACAAUGUGCGUACACUUUAUCUCUUCCAAGUAUUUUAACAUCAAUAAUAAAUCAUUUGCAAGCUAGUAUUGCACAGGAAAAAAUUACAGCUAGUAAAGUAAAGUCUGUCACAGAACAUAUAUGUAGACUACAAGAUUGUGUUAGUUCACUUCAUAAAUUGCAAGUGGAUUCUGUCGAAUAUGCGUAUCUUAAAGCUUUAACGCUUUUUAGUGCUGACAAUGUCUUAGCCGGUGUUUGGCGUAAAAAAGUUGAAGUUUUACAAGAGGCAGCAUGGACUGAAUUACAACAACGUGUAGGAUCUAACAGGCUACCUCGCCUUCUUUUAAGGCUCGCACCACUUCGUUCGAUUAACCCUAGAGUCUUGGAAGAUUUGUUUUUUGCAGGCCUUAUUGGUAGGGUAAGCGUAGCUAGUGUCGUGCCUUAUAUUCUUACUAUGCAAGAUUACAAAGCUGAGCCUGAAAGUCAUAUGGGGUGACAAUUACUAGUUGUGCAAUGUAAGUCGUGACCUAAAAAAGUGAUAUCUAUAAAUAUAUACAUAUAUGUUAACAUUGAAUGCCUUGAAUAUUUUUAUAUAUUGAGAAAAGGAAAGAAAAAAAUGUAAUGAGGCAAUAUUGAUUUUUAUUUUUCAUAAUGAACAAUAAUUCACUUGCCUCUUCUUAAAUAAAGCUGUUAAAACUCAGGGUAGAUGUAUUUUAACUUGUUAAUCAGAUAUAAUAUCUAGUUUACAAUAUUUUGAUGUUUUACAUUUUUUUUUUAUUUAUUACAAAUUCACUGCCUAUUGUACAAAACUUUCCGUAUUACAUAAAAUAUUGGUAAAAAACAUUAACAUAUUUGUAAUUAAAAUUAUAUUAUUAUUAUUGUUAUAAUUAAUAUAUAAUUAUUUUUUCAUCAAAAUUAUAUUAUAAAAUAAAAACUAUAAAACAACAACAGCAUUAUAAUAUCAUACGCUACGUCUUCGAAAAGUAUUAUUUGAUCGAAAAAAAGAGAAAAAAAUUUUAGCUUUGAAUUUUCAACUAAAAAGUAAGUAUCUGGAAAGUUUUGUAUCGGCUUAAUGUAAAAAAAUAUAUGGGGCAAUAUAUAUUAUAAUCUAUAAUUUAUUAUUAUUAGAGAAUAUAGCCCUUGAUCGAAUUAGUAAUCUUUUAUUUUAUCAAUAGAACAUUUAAUUAAAGUAUUAUAAUUAUUUUCGUAUAAAAAUAUAAAAAUAUUAUGUAAGAAAAUUACUAAAAAUUUUUUCAUACAUAUAUAUUAAAAUC